CAAUUUAAGUGGUUGGAAAAUCCAGUAUUAAGUGAUCUACAAAUACGUAACAACUGUGCGACGUCAGAAAUAGCUUUUAUACUGGUUUUCUUGAGUUAUCAUCUCGCCUGCACUAGGCAGUCAAUAUGAAUAGCAACACGGCGCGCGAAGCGAUCCACUUUAUGCCCUUAUCAGUACUGUCAGGACAUUAUCACCUCGAUAUCGUUUCCUAAAACAGGUGUCGUUCAGUUUCAAGUGAUGCAAAUGAACGGUGAAACGAUGCAAACACGAGUAAAUAUGCAGAAUAUGAAGUUCACGAAGACAGAGGCGGAGUAUAACCUGAAGUCGAUCAGGUUUCUGCUGCUGACCAUCACAACUAUGUUUAUUAUAGUAGCAGGCCUGAUGGUGGUUCUCGGCUUCUCCGUAUACUCGGAGUACCACGAUUUCGCCUUCUUCUACGGCGCGAAGGGCGGUCGCUUCGUCACCCUGUCUGCGCUGUCGGUGUUCAUCGGCAUGGUGCUGCUGGUGGUCACUUCAUUCGGGUUCUUCGGCAGUCUUAAGCAGAGCACGUGCUUAGUCAAUUUGUACGCUUUCUUCCUGAGUCUCAUCCUCAUCGUGAUGCUGGUGGUGGUGACCCUGGCCUGCACUCUGGACUCCUCAACCGUGAUGAAAUACUUCUCCAUCCCCAUAUCAGAAUACACUGCUGAUCCUGAGAUCCAGGCUGAGAUUGAUUCACUGCAGUAUUCGCUAAACUGCUGCGGCAGUGACUCCUACCUUGACUACCUGAACACCGAGUUCACCAGCAACCACUCCACCGUAAUCACCACCAAGGAGACAGACGGCGACAUCCUGACCAUGGUCGUUCCUGCCUCUUGCUGCUCAAGUGCUGUUGAUGUUAUAUGCACAAGGCUUAGGACCAAUAGCUGCAAAGAUGCGCUGGUCAAUAUGGUUAUACAGAACUCGACUGUUAUUGGAGUUCUGGGUGUCUCUGUGAUGUUUAUCAAGCUCCUUGGCAUCAUUUUCGCUCUCCUUCUGGCUCGCUGCAUCCGCAAGAGUAAGAGCGAGCGCGCGCUAAUCCAGUGGAAGAUCCGCGAGCAGAUGAUCCUCGCGCGCCAACACACUGACGAGUGCAAGGCCGGUCACACGGGCCUCAUGACGGUGUCUUUGGAGCAACCCACUUCUAGCAACGCAUAAACUAAUAUAAUAUUUAGACCUUCCGCGUUUUGAACACGUAUUAACUUACAUUCAUAGACGGCAUUUUGCUGGGACGUCAGUUAGCCGCGACCACUACCAGUGAAAUCUGUGUCGAAACUUCGGUAAAUAAAGGUAAUUGAAUAAAUUUCGCGUUAGACCCUUCUAUAAAUGUGAGUUAACGCAUAAACUGUUUUCAAAAUCACGCUAAAAAUUAAACGUAUUACCAACUAGCGACCCGCCCCGGCUUCGCACGGGUUACACAAAACCUUAAUAAAUAUACACUUAAACCUUCCUCAAGAGUCCCUCUAGUGAUAGGUGAAAACCACAUUAAAAUCCGUUCAGUAGUUUUCAAGUUUAUCGCAAACAUACAUACACACAAACAGACAGACGUGGCGGGGGACUUUGUUUUAUAUGGGGUAGUGAAGUCAACCUCUAGGUAUUUGUGGCUACUCCCGAUCUGGGCUAUAACCGGGAAAAUCGAAGUUCGCAAAUUGCAGGCAUCUUUCUCUGUCACCCUUAUUACGCCUUCAUUGGAGUAAAAGAGAAAGAUCCCCGCAAUUUGCGAAUUUCGGUUUUCGCGGUAGCCCCUCUGAGUAAAAGGUUCAAAUUUCUAUGAUUCUAGUGAGAGGCAUAAUAAUCGGAACGCAAAUGUCUACUUUUUCGCCGACAAUGAAAUUUCCCGCUCCGCCUUGAAGGUUAAAAUGUACCACUAUUAUAUUAUCUUUACACCAAGUACCAGAAUUAUGCACAAUCUACUCAAACAACGAGACCAAGAUAUCUGAGGGCCUACCGCGAACCACGAACGAGGUUUUGCCUCUCUGUCGCACUUACUAGGAAUUUACAAGUGCGAUAGAUAAGCAAAACUUCGUUCAUGGUUCGCGGUAAGCUCUCUCUCUUUACUAGAUUCAAUUGACUGUAAAAAAUUAUAAAAUAGUAAAAAAAUAUUGUGAUACAAAAUACGUGGAAGUGAGGGACAGUUAUAAAGUAGGAGCAUUCCAUGAAAUUGUCUACCGUUGUCCCGUACAAACGCAAAGUUUCUGAAGAUUUAAAGGUAUAAGAGAUUCCUUUUCUAUGACAAAUGGUCAAAAAUAUGCAAAGAAAAAUAAUCGCCUGCUUUAAAUGCCGAGAAAAAAGUCGCAACACAGGAAAUAAAAUGCGUUUGUACAGGACAGCUCGUGGAAUGCUCCAGUAAUGGAAUUGUAAAUAUUAUGUAAUUAGGUCCAUCCUUUAUUGCAAAUGUUCUUAUCAAGGGACCAGCGUAUCAUACAGUAUUUGGAAAUGAGGUUGUAAUGUAUUCAUAUUAUUAUGUGUAAAAUAAAAUAAAUAUUUUAAAUAAAUAAGUUCUAUAUUAGUUUUAAAAUAUUGUAGUACCUGUGUAUAGCAUUAGGAACAUUUAGAUUGUAUCCUGGUCAUAAAUAUCUGAACAAGACUAAAAUUAUGCUAGAAAUGUAUUGAUUGCACAAAAGAUUCAUGACAUUCAUAUGAGCACAGUUAACAGUAUAAUAAAAACACCUUAUAUAAUAAAGAAUAAUAAAGAAUUUUUACUAUUCAAGAUUCUCGGUUACGUAAUUUAUUGGUUCUAGCAUCAAUAAAGGGAAAUAAAUUAAA